UUAAAAGGUUACGCUUUUACACUUCUAGUUCCCCAAAACGCUUACGCUUUUAGGCUUCUAUUCACUAAAUGGGUAUUCUUUUCAUGAAAUUAAUUAUAAAAAAUAUAUUUUAAAGGUAAAUCAGCAACAAUUCGAUACAUUUGAGAUCAAAAGAUAAAUACCAGGUAGUUGGAUGCAUUCUCAAUUUAAAUAGAGGUAUGGAAUUCACCUGCUAGGCCCUUCCCAAAUUCAUUAGCAUAGAUGAGAAUGUGGCUUAUUGUUAAGACCUAUCUUAAUGAACUUAUUGUUAAGAUGUUAUGAGUUGCUUUACUUUAAACGUGAAUUGGAAGCAUUUAUUAACUUAUCUAAAUUACGAGCUCUAAUAUUUUACAUAGUAUUUGUUGUACUUAAUAGAUUUUUAGCUAUUUUACAGUAUGUGUCAAAAACUUACGCUUUGAUUCUACGCUUUUUGAUUUUACACCUUUUCCGUUUCUAGGUAGAAUCGCGCUUUUGACUGCAUUGUGGCUAAUUAUCAUAAAUGGUCAUAAAGCUAUUCACUUUGUACAAAACGGUCACAAACCUUUAAUUUUGCACGUUUUAGUAACAUAUGUUUGGACUAAUAACAAAAGGUAAUUCCGUCCAUCUCCAUCCAAAAAACCGUUACUUUCGUCUAGUCAACACGCCACGUCAUUUAAAAUAUCAAUAAAAUAUUAAUGACCAAACCCAUAACUGGUAACCCAACCGAAAAAACUAUUUCUUUCCACCCACUCUCAUUAUUAGAGACAGAAACAUGAGCCAAGUUACGCCGCCAGUUCCGGCGACUCCAGCACCGCCUCCCCACCGCGUUCAUCAAUUACCUCGCCGCCAUCUCCUCGCCUCCCAACCCCACCCGCUCCUCAUCCUAUGGCGGUACCAGAUCCCCCAGCCUUUCACUUUGAAAGAGUGAAUUUGACAGGUUCGACUGCCUCUCUUGGUUAUGAGAGUGGACGGGAAAUGCUAGGGCCAACUAGAAAAGGAAAAUUGACCAAAUGAAUUCGAGCGGUGAGGAUUUUUGGCCAUGGCUGGGAGCUAGCUAUUGUACUUAUGACCAAUCGAAGGCAUAAGAAGAAACAGAAAGAAGGCAAGCUAAUUAAUUACCUGAAGCAUCUUGUUGAUAUUUCUGGCGCUGAAGACCUUAUGGACAUUAGCGAACUUGUGGGCAGAUUGGUAGUCGAGGGCGGCGAGCAGUUGGUCGGAGGUUCCGCUGGUGGCCCCGCAGGCCACGAUGCGGAGCGAGAAGCAAGCUUGCACUUCCGCCAAUUGGGUGAUCUUGACGGCAAGGUGGUGGUCUAUCGAGAAGCAGAGGUCCUUGGCGACGACGAAAGGGAGAAAGAAGUAGAGCGGGUGGAUGAAUAGGGCGAGGAUUUGGGUUGGUGGGUAUAGAAUUAGGGUUUUCGGUUAGGUUAUUGGUUUAAUUGGGUUUGAUCAUUAAUAUAUUAUUGAUAUUUUAAAUGACGUGGCGUGCUGACUAGGCGAAAGUAACGGGUUUUUGGAUGUAGAUGGACGGAAUUACCGUUUUGUUAUUAGUCCAAACAUAUGUUACUGAAACGUGCAAAAUUAAAAAUUUGUGACCGUUUUGUAUAAAGUGAAUAGUUUUGUGACCAUUUAUGAUAAUUACCCUUGAUUUUAUAGUGUGGGGUGGUGCAAAACUUCUGAAUGGUUAAAGGUCGUCCUAAAAAUUACUAACCAUCGUCCUAACUUAAUAUGUAAUUUACCGAAUUGCCCAUUUUGAAUUUCAAAAUCAAACACAAAACAAACAACCCCUCCCCUUUCAUAAAUCUAAAAAAAUAUAAACCAAAAUCCAACAAAUUAUCUUAUGGACCGAACCAUAAAUCGUAGUAAAAGAAUAGAAAAUUAUUGAUACAAAACAAAAAAAAUCCAAAAAAAUUCCGAAACCCCUCAACCGAAGCCAAUUUUCGGUUGUACCAUGGCUCAACCUAAGGAAAUUUUCGGUUGUACCAUCAACCGAAAAUUGGCUUCGGUUGAGCCAUGGUGCAACCUAAGGCAAUUUUCGGUUGGUCCAUGGUACAACCGAAAAUUGCCUUAGGUUGAGCCAUGGUACAACCGAAAAUUGGCUUCGGUUGAGGGGUUUUGGGUUUUUUUGAAAAAAAAUCGGAUUACUAACCUCAUCGGAGUCGCUACUCAUGAUUCGGACGUAUUCCCAACAAUUACGACUCGAGAAUGUCAACGAUGAAUUCGAGAGUGUGGGAAAUUGAGUGUUUUUCCUUUUUUUUAGUUAAAGUGAUGCUUGUUUGCUAAAGAUGACAAAAGGUUAAAAGUGUAACUUUGUUAUUUUUUAGGACGAUCAAUAAUAAUUUUAAGGACGA